AAACCAGUUUUUCAUUAAGAUACAAUUUUAUUCAUUAGAAAGGUACAACUAGUUGUUUCUCUCAGGAACUCAACAGAGGUUUUACAGACAGAAGCGAGGAGAUAUUAUGUAUCAGAUGUUCAAAAACUAGAAUGCAAGAUCGUAUAUCAAUCACCACAGUGCCCUGAUGAGUCUUUGACCACCAAGACCUGCGAUGAUCACAGAUGGAAUGGGAGAGCACAAAUAUCGUUUUCUGUUAGAAAGUCUUCCCGAAUAGUUGUAUCUAACACGGAAGUGGAAGUUGAAUAUGAAAACAUCACAAACACUAACGACAGUCUCAAUGUUAAUAUCAGUGGACAUUGCUGCAUACAAUCAGUUCAACUCCGUGCUUACGACGACGACGGGUACAUUGCAGAUUGUCAAUUCCUGUUUUCUAACGGUUCUAUUCAGGCUGUUGAACCUGAGACAACAACGGAACCAACCACAAUUACAACGAGCAUGGAGGAAACAACAACUGACUCCUAUACAACUACAACUGAAGAAAACACACCCACUGAAGAGUGGACAACAACAACUUUAGAACCCAUGACAGCUCCAACAGAAACCGAGUCAGAUAAUCUAGAAACAACAACGGGAUUAAUCUCUGAUACAACAACCGUGAAUGAAAGUACGACGGAACCCCCGAUAACAACAAUAACGACGACCAUGACAACUACUACAACGGAAGAAGGUACAAUCACAACAGAGUGGACAUCAACGACAACAGAACUGAUUACAACUUCCACAGAGUCAGUUAAAACAGAGACGACAACGAAUCCUACCUCAUCCAAAAGGAUAGAAACAACAACUACAGAGUACAUCUCGACUGUGGAGUCCACAACAACAACCACAGCUGCUCCUCCGCCUCCAUUAACAACUAAAGAGGCAUCAAUACUAUCAACAACAGAGGUAAAACCUACAACUAUAGAGGCAUCAUCAACAACUACAGUAGAAUCACCACCAUUAACAACCACAGAGACACCACCACCAACAGAGGCACCAACAACAACUACAAUGAAAUCACUACCAUCAACAACCACACAGACUCCACCAUCUACAGAGGCACCAACAACAACUACAAUGGAAUCACUACCAUCAACAACCACACAGACUCCACCAUCUACAGAGGCACCAACAACAACUACAAUGGAAUCACUACCAUCAACAACCACACAGACUCCACCAUCUACAGAGGCGCCAUCACCAUCAACAACCACAGAGGUACGAUCAACAACCACAGAGACACCAACAACAACUGCAGAGACACCACCACCACCAACUACAGAGACUAUAGAGACAGCAAUAAUCACGACACCAGUGACAACGUCAACUGAAGAAUCAACAAUAGAAAAGGAAACCCCAACGAUGAUUGAUACAAAUGUUAAAGAAACAUCAACCAUGACAACAGACUCUGAACCGACUAGGAAAGAAGUUAGAAUAACUCAGACUUCAAUAACAAAUGGGGAUAAGUUAGAAUCAUCACCAAUAUUUCUGCCAAUUGUCACUGUGAGUGGAACAGCCAUAUUGAUUGUCAUAGGAGUGUUUUCGGUAACAAUGUACAAGUUAUAUACAAAAAGAAAAUCAUCUGAAAACUCGUCAUCGUUUACAAACGAAGAAAAUGCAAAACCUUUCAAUGGAAAUGGUAAAAACAAAGCAAUACCAGGGAUUUUCGAUAGUAUCGACAGGUAGAAAGACGAAAAGCUUUAAAACGGAAGUUACGUUGUUACAUUUUAAUUUGUAUACAACCAUAAUACUGCUGUUGAAUUUAUAGAGUCCAAUCAUUAUACAGCAAAGACAUGAUUGGGUCAAAUGUAAAGAUGUAAGUAAGUUUCGCUAUUUUGAGCUUGAUGAAGUGGAUAUAUUUCUGUAGACGGACACUAUCAAACAGGGUACCUCUAAUCUGUCCUUCGCAACAUUUCGCAAGUAGGUUAAGGGCUUCCAUGGUCAAAUGCACAAUAAUCAUGGAGUGAAAUUGCACCUCAAAUGCACAGGUAUCAUUACACUUGUUACGGUUAAACACCGAAACGAUACUACCCAUAUUUUGACUGUGACUGAGCUACCGUAAAUUCCCCUUAUGGUAAUUUCCCGUGACGUCAGUUAAAUAUCACGUAACACUUUAUUUUUGGAAAACAGCAAGAGGCCCUCUUUGUGAACAAAAGUUCAGGUUCAUGCAGGUUACCAGCUGAAUUUUCAUUGAUAUACUCAGAAAAAAAAAUAAAAAUCCUUAACAUGGAAAGUUUUGGGAACAAAUGAAUACUCAAACUAACCAUGCUGUAAUUUAACAACAUAUGAACAGUCAUCAGCGAAUUACCGGGGUUGUCCACAUUCUUAUAUAUAUCAUACCGUUAAUAUACAAGACAGAAAUAGCUUUCCGCACUUUUCAAAAGCAUAAAUAUAUCUAGAUUAUAUAGCAGAAAAAUUCAUAUUGGUUUUUUCAUAGCAGAUGAACCUGAACUUUGCCGCUGUUUAUGUAGUAUGAGAUUAUUUAUGUACAUGGGGGGAAUUUUUAAACGCAUCAGUCAUUCAGAUUAGGGGCGAUUUCAAGGUCACAAUAUGAUAUGAAUAUCACCUUCGUGCAUUCUAUAUAUUAGAAAUGGAGAAUGAUUUGAUAUCAUAAAGGAAUAUUAUAUCUAUAUAUAUUCAUUUGACAAGAUAUAUUUUCACGUAUACAGCUUAACACUUGAUAACAGUAGUAAAUAACGACAAAAUAUUAUGACACUUUCCCCGCGAUACUACUAUCAGAACAUGUAUGCUGUGACGUACUUUUCAUUGUGACGUCAUAUGGUGCGAAGUGCACAGAGGCAGCACUGUGAUUUUUCUCGGAUAGCCUUAAGGUAGUGAUUGCAUGGGUCAUUGAAAAUUAAUGAAUCUAUGAAUUUUUUUGAUUUUUACAUAUUUUGUAGUUGACAGUAUCUGUAACUCAUUAAGAAAGUAUCAUAUAUGGUUUUCACGGAAAUUGUGACUCUACGGUUGUCAUAGUAACCCCUCUUGUUGACUUUCCGUAAUAAAUGGUACAGGUAUUACAGGUGAUGUUUAAAACAGAUACAAAAGGGGUAAGAGAUACACAUUUUAUAUCAAAUUGAAGUUAAAGCCUUAAAUAAUAUAUGAUUUGUAUUAAUAUGUCGAUUUAUUUUCAUAUGAAGGAGAAGCAGGGCUGCUUAUGAGCAAUUUCGCAAUUUUUAGAAAGCAAUUAUUCACCAAAUCGGACAUAUUUUCACUCCCUGAGGAAUAAAUGACCAAUUAAUUUUUUUUAUUUUUAAAUAUGUUUUAACAUAUGUUAGGAGGAAUUUUUCCUGAAAGUAUCAAUAUUGGUUUUCAGGUUUACUAUGGCGCUAUGAUCACUAUAGUUACUCCCUCCCACUCCUUACAUAAAUGCUGCAGGUGAUAAUUACAAUAAAUAUGCAUCUUACAUGCAUUUAUUUCAACUCAUAUUAAAACUAUGAAAAUGUUUUGAUGUUUAUUAUUGAAUUUAUUUUACAUAGAAUGAUAGUACUGUUGCUUUGGAGAUGUUUUUAUUACUUUCUGUUUGAAAUUACUCUGUAAGCGUAUGUUAAAAACGCGGGAAAUGUAACCCUUCCGAUGUAAACUGUGUAUUGUGACGUCGAUACCUGCAACGUCUUUAUUUUUUUUCUCUCCUUUCAAACCAAGCGAUUAUCAACCAACAAAACUUUUUACUUUUUAUAUUAUAAGAAAUAACUGAACUAAUUGAGAAAAAGAUAUUAACAGCAAGCGCUGCUUUUCAAAAUACACACUUUUUGAUUUCUCUUAACAUCCACGUUACAUAGUAGCAUUUUAGAUUUAUGUACACUAACACAAUAUACAUGUUAUGAAAUUCAUAGCAUUAUAUAUUAUGAUUGUAAUAGGCUUAGUGGUUUGUAAAUUAAAUUUACGUGCUGCAAAACUGAAAAUUAACAGGGGAGGGGGAGAGUGCAUGUAUUAUGGAGACUUAGGGCCUAAUGACUAUUUUUUUUUUUUUUUAAAAAGAUAAUUAAAACGUAACGGAUUUUUCAUUUGUAUUGUAUUUCAUUUGUAUAUUUUUAAACAUUUUUUCACUUUACCCUGUGUCUAGUUAUAGGCUAUAGCUGUCAAGUCUGUUUGCAUCGUCUGCCAUUAUUACUGAUGCUUAAGCGCUUGACGUAUUCCGGAAUAGGAAACGAAAAUAGUCUAGUUUUAGAUACUACCUGAAUAAACCACGUGAUGCCUUGCAAUCACUACCUUAACUCAGCUGCGUUGUGUAAUACGUUUUUACCGAAAAUUCGGAUCCUAAUUUUUUAAUAGUUUCCUACCGGCGGAAUGUAGGUUUGGACUCCUUCGACUGUCUAUCAGUCCAUAAAAAUCAGCUUUACGCACAUUUUUCGUCAUGAUUGUAGAUAUACAUUUGAUAUUUGGUACAUUGCUUUUCCAUGACAAGUUACAGAUCAAGUUCGAAUUUUGUUCCGGUCCAUUGAAAUUUUGCUGAGUUGUGACCCUUGGACAUAGAAAAUAUGGAAUAUGAAUAUGUCAUAUAUGGCGUUGAUUAUAUGGGACCUGAUUAUUCUUGUGCAUAUUUUUUUUAAGGUAUGAUUAUUCACGCAGAAUAUUUAACAUAGCUUCACAUGCUAAAGUGUAAGUGUAUUUAUCUGUUGUAUCCAAUACCCAUGGCAUAUUACAUGUAUAUAUUGUAAUAUUUAUGGAGAGGUGCAAACUUGACUCCUAUCCGUUUGUCUCCAAUCCAUUUGACUGUUCAAUAAAAUUUGAAAGAAGUGAACAUGAAAAUUGUUGCACUAUAAGUUUAAAAGACCCCUGAAACUAAAUAGUAUGACCUGAAAAUAAUUUGCUUGUUUCUAUAACGAGUCUCUCUAGGUGAAAGGUUUACAGAAGUCAUUUCCCAGCAUGCAUCUGUGCUCUGACGUAGAUGAGACACGUUGUUGGUGACUGGGUCAAUGUUACAGCAUAAGAUUAUGGAUUCAUAUUAGAAUUGAUGGAUAGGCUUUGAGACAAAAAAGAAUUUAAUUCAAUUCUAAUAACAAUGCAUUAAGAAAAAGAAGAAAACUCUUCCACAAAAUAUCUCCAGUUCUUCCAACUUCUGUACUUACUCAGAAGUUCUGCAUCUUUCAAGAUUCAAAAUCAAUUAAUUAUGAUAGAUUUUAAAAUAUUUGGAGAUAAUCAAAGUGGCUAUGUCACAUAAAAGUACUACAAUACAUUGUCAAGUAAUUUAUAUAUCGAUAGUAAUUGAUGUACAUGGACCACAGAAUAAUUUUGGAAAUGCAAUUUAUUCACACUAAAAGUACUUAUUCAGAAUCUAUAUCAGAGUCUGAGGUUUCAAGAAAUCCUUCAUAAUUGCAGUGUUCUCUAGAAAAUACUCCCUUAAAUUAUGUCACAACAAAUGAGAGUAAAACUGCUCUGAAUCCCCCCCCCCCCCAAGAGACUUACCUCGUCUGACCUAGUUGAUAAACUGUCCGUAGGCCAUUACUCUUGAUGGCAUGUUUGCAACAGAAUUGUUACUGUUUACACACAAAUGGAAUGUUAUGUUUAGAUUUUAGUGUGUGUGAACACGGAAUGUAUUUUUCUAUUUUGUGUUUUUCUUACUUCUUAAAUCAUCUGGCGCUCUUCCUCUCUGGAUACAUAGAUAUGAGCUGUAUCAAUUAUAACAGGACUUAAGCACAAAUGUCAAAAUAUGGGUGUAGAGACCUGCACUUUAAGUGUAUAUCUAUGUAAUCUGACACAAAAUGUUUAAACUCGUGACAACAAAGACACUCCUUGAAUGUACAUAAGUACAAUUUCCACAAGCAAAUUAAUCAAGGAAAUUCCUCUCUCAUUAAAAUCAAACGCUGGUGAAGAAGCAUUAUUCCAAGGAAUAAUUUCUUCCUCUGUAACAACAGGUUCAAAUUGAUAUCCCACAUUUGAUUCACUUUCUGCUGAUGACAAUUUAACGUUGAUGCUUACAAUAUGCCAAAAUACACUAUGCGCCC